CAAGUUGAGCCCUUAUCCAGAGGCGUGUUUUAGCAGGAUACCGGCUGAUCUCGAGGGUUGGUGUAUUAUGAGCGCAAGGAGUUGAAUUUUUUCGACGGAGAUUGUGGUGUGUCGGCCGUUUCCAGGAAUCAGUUUCUGCUCGCAGUCGUUUCUGAAACUGCCGAAGCACUCGGAGAUGGCUGAACAUAUCAUGAUGUCGGUGAAUCCAGGGCGGUUUUCCGACGGCUCCAAUGGACUUCAAAGCUACCGGAUGGGUUUAAACGGACUGCAGGGCCCGCAGCUCGCACAGCCGGGGUUGAGGAGAGAUCACACGGGCAGCCAGCUCUUGCACUACGGCGGGGCCAGUAUGGACAGCAGUGCCGUGGUCAGAUCGCGUCCCGGCUUGGCUAACAUGGCAGGGCAGAUGGGGCACCACCACCAGAUACCAGCCAACGUGAUGUACAGCAGCCAGCAGCAACAACAACAGCAACAGUUUCUGGACAGUCUCAGCCCACAGCAGCUGAUGGCCACGGUGCACCUGCAGAAACUCAACAACCAGUAUCACGGGCACCCGCUGAUGGGAAUGAACAACGGCCUGGCUCAGGCUGGCCCCCAGUACCGCGGCUCGCUGCCUCCGUCUCAGCACCCGUCUCUCCCGCACGUUGUCUCCCCGGCCCUCUCCUUGAACGUUAUGGACACCGACCUGAUCGACGAGGACGUGUUGACGUCUCUCGUGUUGGAACUGGGGUUAGACCGCAUUCAAGAACUGCCCGAGCUGUGGCUGGGACAAAACGAUUUCAUUUCCGACUUUGUUAACAAACAGCAUCAGAGUACAGUCAGCUGCUGAGAGAGGGAGAGAGACACACAGAGACACACACACACACACCACCACCACCAAACACACACACACACACACACACACACACCACCACACACACACACA